UAGCUCAUUUCCUUCGGGAAUAAAAACCCAUGAUCUCCAGUUCCUCAGAGAAGUGAAAGUAGCAACAAGGAAUCCAGUCAUUCCUGUUAUCUGCAGGCUUUACAAGUCAGCCACUCCUGAGGAGGUGGCAGGGAGCCUGCUCUCCAGACACUGCUGUCCUCUCUCCAAGCCCUGAAGCCAGAGGCAUCCAGGAUGGCUCAGCUGCUGGCGUCCCUGCUGCUGCUCCUCCUCUCCAUCCACAGUGCCCUGGCCCUGAGGAUCUGCUCCUUCAAUGUGAGGUCCUUUGGGGAAUCCAAGAAGGCAAACUGUAACGCCAUGGAUGUCAUUGUGAAGGUCAUCAAACGCUGUGACAUCAUGCUCCUGAUGGAAAUCAAGGACAACAACAACAGGAUCUGCCCCGAGCUGAAGGAGAGGCUGAACGGAAAUUCAAGAAGAGGCAUAACGUACAACUAUGUGAUUAGCUCUCGGCUUGGAAGAAAUACAUAUAAAGAACAAUAUGCCUUUCUCUACAAGGAAAAGCUAGUGUCUGUGAAGGACAGCUACCUCUACCACGACUAUCAGGAUGGAGACACAGAUGUAUUUUCCAGGGAGCCCUUUGUGGUCUGGUUCCAGUCACCUUACACUGCUGUCAAGGACUUCGUGAUUGUCCCCUUGCACACCACCCCUGAGACAUCCGUUAAGGAGAUUGAUGAACUGGCCGAUGUCUAUAUGGAUGUGAAACGUCACUGGAAGGCGGAGAAUUUCAUUUUCAUGGGUGACUUCAAUGCUGGCUGCAGCUACAUCCCCAAGAAAGCCUGGAAGAACAUCCGGCUAAGGACUGACCCCAGGUUCAUUUGGCUGAUUGGGGACCAAGAGGACACCACGGUCAAGAAGAGCACAAACUGUGCAUAUGACAGGAUUGUGCUUAGAGGACAAGAGAUUGUCAGCUCUGUCGUUCCCAAAUCAAACAGCACCUUUGACUUCCAGAAAGCUUACAGGCUGACUGAAGAGGAGGCCUUGGAUGUCAGCGACCACUUUCCAGUUGAAUUUAAGCUUCAAUCUUCAAGGUUCUUAACCAACAGCAAAAAAACUUUCUCUUCAAAGAAGAAAAAAAAAGCCAGUCGCACCUACAUAUAAAGGUGCCACCUGAUUAACCAUUUCUUGCCUCUAAAUAAAGCAGCUCCAACAGGUAUGAACUGUUCCUGGCGCUCGGGAAACAA